UCAGCCUGACCCUGCAGCCUUUGCCUGUGAAGCCAUGGCAUCAAGUGAGGACGAUGGGGCUGUGGAGGAGAAGGAAAACACCAAAAAAAAGCGGAUCGGCGCGGUGGCCACAGCAUGGCUUACUUUUUACAACAUUGCCAUGACCGCAGGGUGGCUGGUUCUCGCCAUUGCGAUGUUUCGGUUCUACAUGGGCAAAAGAACGCACAAAGGUCUCUACAGAAGUAUUCAGAAGACUCUUAAAUUUUUCCAAACAUUUGCUUUAUUUGAGUUGGCCCACUGCGCACUUGGUAUAGUGCGUACAUCUGUGCUAGUAACGGGGGUCCAAGUCAGCUCAAGAAUCUUCAUGGUUUGGUUAAUUACCAACAGCAUUAAACAGAUCCAGAAUGAGCAGAGCGUUCUUCUCUUCCUGAUCGUGUGGACUGUGACAGAGAUCACUCGAUAUUCCUACUACACGUUUAAUCUUCUCAACCACAUGCCAUAUUUUAUUAAAUGGGCCAGGUAUAAUUUAUUUAUUGUCUUGUAUCCUGUUGGUGUAGCUGGUGAACUCUUAACAAUUUAUGCUGCUUUACCAUACGUGCGGAAGACUGCGAUGUAUUCUCUGCGACUUCCAAACAAGUACAACGUUUCCUUUGAUUACUACUACUUCCUGAUCGCCGUCAUGUGUUUUUAUGUACCACUGUUUCCCCAGCUGUAUUUCCACAUGUUCCGUCAAAGAAGAAAAGUCCUGCAUGGAGAAAUCUUUGUGGAAAAGGACGAUUAGCCCAACAACAUCGGAAAAGCGUCUUUUAGCCCAGAGGCUCUUCGAUCUCCAAACUCUUCUGGUCUUCUGGCUGGACUGUUGGUUUAACAUCCUGGAUAACCUCGUCCGACAUACAACAGACUAAUUUCAAACAAAAAACGAAACGACCUGGGAUUUAGAAAGUAAUUUUUUUGGGUCGUCCAGUCCCAAAUUG